AUGGUAAAGAUACCAGAAGAGAAAAAAUCAAAAUAUGUUAAAAGAAGCACUUUACAAUCAAUAAGCACACUUAAAAACAACCCACUUGGAAAUAUAAUUAUAAAAAAGUACUCAGUUGGAACAAGAGUGAAUAUUGUUAAAUUAAGCGAAGAUUUAUCAAAAUUUUUAUCACCGGAUAACAUUGAAUUUAAAAAGAAAUUUUUCUUUGAUAUAUAUGAUCAAGAUGGAGAUGGGUUUAUUUCAAACAUAGAUUUAUUUGAAAUAUUAAAACACCUUAAUAGCAACACCCUAGAAGAUUAUAAAAUUCAAAAUAUAGUUGAUCAAACAUUUGCUGAAAUUGGUGAGUAUACAACCAAAAUGUCUUUUAAUCAAUUUGAGACAAUAUUAAACAGAAGUCUUGAUGAUUUUGAUAAAGUUCUUUAA